CUGGAUCUAGGGUUUCGGUUCGCUCAGCUAAUUUCCUCACCAUUUACUCCUGAUUUUAGAACGUGACCCACAAAAACCUAAUUUCUUCCAUAGAUUUGUCCAUCAACAGAUCAUCAAAGGACCGCAGAAAGUAUCAGGGCUCUGAUUUGAUCAAUCGCUACUCGCAGAUCCAGAAAAAAGUGUUUCUAGGGAACAAAUUCUAAAGAAAAAACCCUAACUUCGGCCCCUCUCUUUCUCGCCAACGCAUUGUUUUUCUCCAAGAUUUUGUUUCUUGUUGCCCUGCUUGUAAUCCGCGAAAAAAAAGACAUGGAUCGAAUUCAAAACUAGUAUGGGUCUGAUGAUCUUACAGCAGGGGACAACGAACAGUAAGAUUUUGAUUAAUAAAUUUGAGAUGAGAAAUCCAUUGAUUCUAUGACUGCUUCUUCUGACACGGACAAAUCCAAGGAGGAUUGAGAAGAAGAGGAAGAAGACAAAGAAGAGCAAGAGGAAGAGACAAACAUGUAUAGUAAUAGGGUUGAAGUGUACAAUGGUGAAGGAAAAGUUGGAGAAAUGGAGGUACACCCACCUCGGGAAUCGGAGAAGGGAGACGAGAUGAUGAUGCUGAGAAAGAAGAAGCGGAGAGAAAUAAUGGAGGAAGUGAAGAAGGGAAUCAGAAUAAGCCACUUCUCUCAACCUAGUGAGAGGUGCCCUCCUCUCGCUGUGCUUCAUACUAUUUCUUCUUCUGGCCUUUGUUUCAAAUUGGAGGCCACAGCCAAAUUCAAAUCAUCGUCAUCUUCUCCUGCUCAUGAGCCGCUUCGUCUCUUCCAUUCAUCCUGUCUCAGAGACAACAAGACAGCAGUAAUGCUCCUGGGCGAGGAGGAAGAGCUCCAUUUGGUUGCCAUGUAUUCUAGAAACAAUGAAAAGGAAUACCCGUGUUUCUGGGCAUUCAAUGUUGCUUCAGGACUCUACAAUUCCUGUCUUGUCAUGCUGAACCUCAGAUGUCUGGGUAUUGUCUUUGAUCUUGACGAAACUCUCAUUGUCGCGAAUACCAUGCGCUCGUUUGAGGAUAGGAUUGAGGGAUUGCAACGAAGAAUCAACAAUGAGGUGGAACCACAACGUAUUGCUGUUAUGGUGGCUGAGAUGAAGCGUUACCAAGAUGACAAAAACAUAUUGAGGCAAUAUGUUGAAAGUGAUCAAGUAGUUGACAACGGGAAAGUGAUUAAGGUGCAGACAGAAGUUGUUCCUGCCUUGUCUGAUAACCAUCAGCCUGUUGUCCGUCCACUCAUAAGGCUACAAGAGAAGAAUAUUAUCCUGACUCGCAUCAAUCCAAUGAUUCGUGAUACGAGUGUGCUAGUGAGGUUGAGGCCUGCGUGGGAGGAGCUUCGUAGCUAUUUGACAGCAAGAGGGCGUAAGCGUUUUGAGGUUUAUGUUUGCACGAUGGCUGAAAGGGAUUAUGCCUUAGAGAUGUGGAGACUUCUCGACCCAGAGGGGAAUUUGAUAAACACAAAUGAGUUGCUCGAUCGCAUUGUUUGCGUGAAGUCUGGUUCAAGAAAAUCAUUGUUCAAUGUGUUUCAAGAUGGAACCUGCCAUCCUAAAAUGGCAUUGGUGAUAGAUGAUCGGUUGAAAGUAUGGGAUGACAAGGAUCAACCAAGGGUGCAUGUUGUUCCUGCAUUUGCUCCUUAUUAUGCUCCUCAAGCUGAAGCAGCUGCAAUACCUGUACUGUGUGUCGCGAGAAAUGUUGCUUGCAAUGUGAGGGGUGGAUUUUUCAAAGACUUUGAUGAUUGUCUGCUACAAAGGAUUGGGGAAAUAUCGUAUGAGAAUGAUAUCGAGGAUAUUCAUUCUCCACCUGAUGUCAGCCAUUAUUUGGUCUCUGAGGAUGAGAUAUCAGGUUCAAAUGGGAACAAAGAUCUGCUUUCUUUUGAUGGGAUGGCUGAUGCCGAGGUGGAGAGAAGAUUGAAGGAAGCAAUUUCUGCAUCUUCAGCUGUCCCUGCUGGGGUAAAUCUUGAUCCUAGGCUAGCUGCUUCCCUUGCAUUCGCCAUGCCUUCUACUUCUGUUUCAGUUCCAGUACCAGCAGUGCAACCGUCGGCUGCAACCUUUCCGCCUAUGCAGUUUCAACCAUCGACGUCUAUAGUUAAACCACUGGUUUCUGCUGGUUCCGUCGAACCAAGCUUGCAAAAUUCUCCAGCGAGGGAGGAAGGUGAGGUACCUGAAUCAGAGUUGGAUCCAGAUACUCGACGGAGGCUUCUCAUAUUGCAGCAUGGACAAGAUAGUAGAGAUCCCGCUCCAAGUGAACCUCCACUUCCUCAAAGGCCUCCAGUUCAAGUUCCACCUCCACAUGUGCAACCGAGAAGUGGCUGGUUUCCUGUCGAGGAAGAGAUAGAUCCUGCUCCACUUCGUCGAACAGUUCCCAAAGAAUAUCCAUUGGAUUCUGAAAUGGUCCAUGUGGAGAAGCAUAGGUCUCAUCAGUCGUCCUUUUUUCCUAUGACUGAUGGUUCUACUCAACCUGAUAGGAUGCUUCGUGAGAAUCGGAGACCACCAAGAGAGUCAUUCCAUAGAGAUGAACUAUUAAGGUCAAACAACAACAAAUCCGGAUCUCAUGCUUUUUAUGGGGAGGAGGCAUCUUUGAGUCGAUCUUCGUCUAGGAGCAGGGAUCUUGACUCUGUGUCUGGACGAAUUGCCUCAGCAGCAGAGACUCCAGCUGAUGUUCUACAUGAUAUAGCUAUGAAAUGUGGAACUAAGGUGGAAUUCAAACCAGGCCUGGUUGCUAGUUCUGUUUUGCAGUUCUCUGUUGAGGCUUGGUUUUCUGGGGAAAGAAUUGGAGAGGGAUUUGGUAGAACCAGAAGAGAAGCCUUGCAUAAGGCUGCUGAGGCUUCCAUCCAGAACUUAGCUGAUGUAUAUUUGUCCCGUACGAAUCCCGACCCAAGGCCGAGCAAUAGGGAUGCAAGUGCCUUUGCUAAUGGCAGUACCUUCUUGGGAAAUGGAAAUAUGGUAGAGAAUCGCCCAUUUGGCAGAGACGAAUCUGCACCAUUCUCAGCAAUGUCAGAUCCCUCUAGACCUACAGAUCCGAGAUUGGAAGGCUCUAUUAGGCCUAUGGGCUCCAUUUCUGCGCUCAGGGAAUUGUGCGCUAUGGAGGGCUUUGACGUGGCUUUUCAAGCACAACGCCCACCAUCGGACAUGGUCCAAAAAGAUGAAUUAUAUGUUCAGGUCGAAAUUGAUGGGCGAGUUCUAGGGGAAGGUGUUGGUUUGACAUGGGAUGAGGCCAGGAUGCAGGCUGCCGAAAGAGCGCUCUCCAGUUUGAGAUCGAUGAUUGGUCAAUCUUUGUAUAAACGGCCGGUAUCUCCUAGAUCUUCGCAUGGGAUGUCGAGCAAGCGUAUGAAACCAGAGUUUCAACGAUCUCUGCAACGGAUGCCAUCUUCAGGAAGAUAUCCGUAGACAAGCUUUUAACUCAUUUCGACAUCAACGCGUUUCUCCAAGCAGCAAGUCAAGAACAUUCUUUUGGGAAAAUGGCACUGGUCCAGGAUCCUCGCUGACUCCAAGACCUGUCAGAUUUUUGCUCAAAUCCAGUAACAGUGGUCGGACCCAGAUCCCGAGUUUUGUAUAAUCUUUCGAUGCGGUUUCAGAAGGAAAGUUGCUGCAAAUGACCGGCAAGGACCGUUUGGAUAGUUUGCCUUUCCGACAGUCUUUCAGUCUCUUUUAGUUCGCUUAUUAGCCCAUUUCGAACUUCAUCUCGGUCAGUGUGUAUAGAUGAUACAGUGUAAGCAACGAAUGUAACGUUAUAAGCAGGAUUGUUUACAUUACAUGACAAUAUCACACCAUUACCAUUA